AUGAAGAGGAAUGCUCCAAAUAUAUCAAAAGUAGCAUCAGAUUUGAUACAGGCAUAUUAAUAGUUAACAAACCAACCACAAGAAAUUAUCAUCUCUCCAAGAUAUGAAAAAACUGCUUUAUAUUUUCCACAAUCACGUAGAAAUAUUAAUAUAUGUAUUUUAUAGCAAUUGAAGAGGAAAUUGAAGAAGAAAAUUAAAUUGAUAGUCCUAGAAAAACUAUAACAGAGGAGGAUGAUGAUUACCUUAAAGAAAUAUCAGAACUUCGAAAAAUAGUAGAUUAGAGUAUAAAAUUUUAAUAAAACAGUGAGAAUGAAAUACAUGAACAUACCCUAAAAAUAUCAACAGUCGCCCUUAUAAACUAAGGAUUAAAAUAAAAUCAUUUAACCUUAACAUAAAAAGGCAAAGAAAUAAGUUGUCAUAACAUAAUAUUAAUCAGACUUUUUAAGACAAUAAUAUGGUAAAAUUAAGUGA